AUGUCCGAAGUGCAACAUUUUGGAAGUUGUCAUUGUGGGGCGGUGAAGUGGACGUUUACAGGACCAGAAGUUUUAGAUGGUUGUCGGUGCAACUGUACGGUCUGUAACAAGAAGCAGAACCAACAUUGUAUCAUCAAGUUGGAUAGAUUCAAGAUUUUGGAGGGUGAAGACAAAAUUACAACCUACCGUUUCAACACCGGAGUUGCCCAACACAAGUUCUGUUCCAUCUGCGGUGUUCAAAGUUUCUACCAUCCUAGAUCUAACCCGGAUGCAGUUGCUAUCAUGCCACACUGUAUCGAUGGAAACACUCUCAAAGAUGUCAAAUGGAGCUACUUCAAUGGGCAAGAAUGGGAGAAAGAAAUGGACAAACGGGCACCGGCAGCUCAGUAA